UGUACAUAUAUUAUAAGCUGUCGAAAUAAAACGGCUGGUUUGACUCUAAGUGACGCAGACAAUUAUCAUGGCGUAUCAGGUGAUGGCUGUUUAUCUCUUGGUAGCAAUCGUUGGUGUCUUUGUCAGCUCAACGGCGGCUUAUACGAAACCGAACCGCGGCAUUUUGUUCGAAAACUGUCCAAGAGGUACCAUCCCGAGCAAUGGGUUUUUGGACCCCGCCGUAGGAAAGAUCCUGUUUUCCUGUAGAAAGGCGCCUACGCCUGUUAGAAAAUGUGUACUUUUAGAUGAAGAUGAUCCAACACAAUCAAAUGGUUGUCCUCCCAACUUCGCGGUUGUGGGCAUAGAUCGGCAACGACCAAUCUGCUGUCAAUUUAAAGGUAUUUCCUUGACAGACUGUUUACUGAUGAGGAAUUUGUAUUCGUACAAACUUGGGUUUGAUAUUAAAAUCCCGGAAGGCUACGCAGUGGUUAGCAGACGCAACUACGGAUCGUGCAGAGCAGAUCCAACCGUGUUCCGGCUCGAAAUUUGCAAAUUAACACAGAAAAUGGCCUAUCCUAACACUUACCAUAUGGUGUAGGUAAACAUUCAUCAAAAUAUGUUUGGCGAAUUACAUUUGUAUCCGUGUGGCAUUGAUCAACUGUGAAUGUGUGGGGAUGGCGCAUAGAGCCUUAAAUUCAAAGCUGAUUAUAAUGAUCUAGUCACUAUCAGUAUACAAUGCAGCUGUGUAAGAUCAUGUCCUAUCGGAAAACAUAUAAUAAAUGUGAUUUUGCAAUAACA